AUGGAGUCGUCUCAAAAAACCUUAUAUAACAUCGAUCGUCACGCUGACAUAGAUAUAGUAUGUCUGUACUAUGUCAGUAAUUUUUGCUACGCGCCAACUAAUGAAGCGACGGCUGAGGCUAAAGAUCUCUUUUACAACGUACUGGAAGACUCGUUUUGCUUCACCAGACUCAUCAUUUGCCUGGGCGACUUCAACGCGGUAACGGGUGUUGACCGUCGUAUGCCUGCGGUGGUUAGCCCUUUUGGUAGCGAAUCACCAAACGACAACUCUGAUCGUUUCCUGAAAUUUUGUGCCUCUGUGAGAUUAAGGGUCUGCGGAUCCUGGUUUUACCGUAAGGAUAUCCAUAGACUGACGUGGCACUCAAAUGACGGUGUUACGGCUAAGGAGGUUGACCAUAUCCUGGACACUGUGAUUAAAACAAGACCUCCUCCUAGAUUCAAUAUCGGUUUUCUGCGAGAUUACGUCACUGCCGCAACAUACGCGGCUGAGGUGGAGAAGUGUUUCGUCGCAGCCUCUGAAGAGGAGUUCUCCUCGUGGAAUUCAUUUUGUGAUGCGAUGACCAAGAUGGCUGAUAAGGCUCUUGAUCAUGAUGUUCCCAUGCGUCAUGAAUAA